CGAGGAAACAUGUCUGGACGAGGUAAGGGAGGCAAAGGACUGGGGAAAGGAGGCGCCAAGCGUCACCGCAAAGUUCUCCGUGAUAACAUCCAGGGAAUCACCAAACCCGCCAUCCGUCGUCUGGCUCGCCGCGGCGGAGUGAAGCGUAUCUCCGGCUUGAUCUACGAGGAGACCCGCGGCGUCCUGAAGGUGUUCCUGGAGAAUGUCAUCCGUGAUGCCGUCACUUACACCGAGCACGCCAAGAGGAAGACUGUGACCGCCAUGGAUGUUGUCUACGCCCUGAAGAGGCAGGGACGCACUCUGUACGGUUUCGGAGGUUAAAUAACUGAUCAUUCUCCAAUCGAAAAAAACGGUCCUCUUAAGGACCACACACUUCUCUCAAAAGUGUUGUCUUUCCUCAAAUUUAAAAUAUUGAUGGUCAGUGAUAAAAAGACUACCAUAACCAAAUUUAUAAUUACUCCUUGAAAAAUGCAACUAUUAACAAUUAGUUACUCUCACAUACCACGUCUGAUAUCACAAUGAA